GUGUGGCGGAGGGAGGCACCGCAAGUUGGCAGCCGGGUGAAAUUCACGCGGUGCCUGGAGCAGCACCGCCCACGGCUGGAGGGGAGGAGAACACCGGCCACUGAGACGCCAGCGGCUCGGCCGACCCGCUGCCAUGCUGCCCCUGCGUGCCGCCGUCUGCCUGCUGGCACUGGCACACGCGGGAUCCGGAGCCGGAGACGGAGCCAGGGGAGCCGGGCCGGAGCGGAGCGUGCUGGACGUGCAGCCGCCCAGCGAGGAGUUGCGCACCGAUGGCUCCAACGACCUGGGGUUCAGCGCCGACCCGCGGCCCGCGCCCGCCACGGAGGGGGCCGGGGCCGGGGCCGCCGUCAGCCGACUGUGGGGCGUGGCUGACGCCACCGCCCGCGCCGGCCGCCUCUUCCUGCACACCAUCGACAAGCACGCCUUCCAUGGCCAGGUGUUGCGGUACGAGGCCUCAGGCGCCGGCGGCCCGGCCGUCCCGCUGCCCCGCUGGCUGACCUUCGACCGCGCGACGGCGACGUUCGCCGGCGUGCCGGCGCGGCGCGAGCGGGGCCCCCAGCUGGUGACGCUGCGCGCGGUCGGCGCCGACGGCAGCGCCGCCCGCGACCGCUUCAUGAUCGACGUGCUGCUGGACACAGAGUCCACCCAUGAACACAGCCCAGCAGAUCCCAUCGAUGCGCUAAGCGACGAUUUUGACGGCUGCCACGACGGCAGCGCCACCACCGUUGGAUCCGUGUACUUUGACUUUGUGUUCGGGUCACUUAGUGGCGCGGAGCGGAUAGAGGUGCUGCAAGCUGUUGCAAGGGAGCUCCGUGUGGACGCCGAGUUGAUCCACGUGGCGACACACACGGGAUCGCUGCCGCUGGAUGACCCCGCCACGGUGGAGGCGGGGCCGGGGGUCAAGGCCGCCCGGGCUCAGCGGCUCACCAGAUUCUCCUGGAAGGUCGGCUGUGGGGAGCAGCUGGACCCGGCGCGCCGCUGGUCGUUGGAGGCGGUCCGCGCCGACUCGAGGCUGAGUCAGCUGUCGGCGGCCGCGGGCCGGCCGGCCGUCGGCUGGACCCUGCAGACACGGCACAGCUCCAGGCACCGCCGCCAGGCCGAUAACUCCGGAGACCACUACGACGAAGACUACUACUAUGAAGACUACGACCUCUUUGAUGGCGAGGGUGAAGACGUGCGCCGUGGGGAAGUGUACGACGGCAGGCUUGAUGAAACCUAUGAUGAUAGCUUUCACGAAAUCUACGACGCUAGCGAUCCGGAAGAGCGGGUGGUGCCGACGCUGGCCUCGCCGGCGUUCCAGGGCCCGCCCGCCUCGCCUGUCUACCCGCCUCCGCGCAUCUCAGCGCCCGUCCUCCUCUCAAGGAUGAGCACGCCCAUACCGGUGACGGUGCUCCCCACGGUGUACUCUCCGGAUGGCCUGGAGCCGAGCCGAGUGGUGGAGGAGCCUCCCAUGUCGCCCUACCCUGGACACGCUCAUUCUUGAGUCGUCGAUGGUAGUGACAUCUACCGUGGCCCAGACAUCCACGGCCUCGCCGGAGCUGGUGUCGACCACGCCCACACUGCCGCCACCGCUGGAGACGGCCGUCCCGGCGCCGGUGAAUGCUUCCCCAGUCGUUCGGAAUCGCCUGUCUCCGCUCUCGGCCAUCGCCGGCAAGCCG